AUGCGAUUCGGAGUGAGAAGCACAGUAGAGCGCCUCGACAGGCCGAGCGCAUACUACCAGAGCAGGAACAAGCGCAGAAGAGACCACCGCGGCGACGACGAAGACGCCAAGCCCGAACCCGCCGAAGACCCCCUCGCCGACGCGACGACCCUCUACGUCGGCAACCUCUCCUUCUACACCACGGAGGAGCAGGUCUACGAGCUCUUCUCCAAGUGCGGCGAGAUCAAGCGCCUCGUCAUGGGCCUCGACCGCUUCAACAAGACCCCCUGCGGCUUCUGCUUCGUCGAGUACUACACCCACCAGGACGCCCUCGACUGCAUGAAGUACAUCGGCGGCACCAAGCUCGACGAGCGCGUCAUCCGCACCGACCUCGACCCCGGCUUCGAGGAGGGCAGGCAGUACGGCCGCGGCAAGAGCGGAGGCCAGGUCCGUGACGAGUACCGAGAGGACUAUGACGAGGGCAGGGGCGGUCUGGGAAGGGCGAUUGAGAGGGAGCGCGGCGGGGAGUACGACGAGGGGCGAUAG